UCUCCGACUUCUUUAAUCCAUCUCAAAAUGAAUAAAUACUCAUACUAUCCAUUAUUGUAAAAUUUGUACAAAAAAAGCUCUUAACUCUUUUCUUAACAAUAAUAAAUAGGAGUAUCAUAAUUUAAAUAAACAGAUAAAUGAUUAGUUUAGAAACCUGGUAGGAGGUGCGAAACGCAGCUGCGCAAUCCAAAGCACGAGGACCACUCUCUACUCAAACUCCACCAUCUGUCAUCUACGCCUUCGCCCCUCUCGUGUUUCCCACAACGGUUACUCCUUCUCCCUCUCCUAUUUCAACCCAUGCCAUGGCUUGUCUGAGCCGCUACCACCACCACCACCACCCCCGCGGCGCCACCUGGCUCUCUUCCCCUGACGAAAUGCUCCAACACUGCCCCCUCUCCGCCCACCACCGCCGUCUCCGCGAUGACGACGCCGAACCUAUCUACCUUCCCUCUCUCUCCUCCGCCUACCGCAUCUUCCCCGUCUACGCCAUGGGCGCCCCCGACCCGACACCAGAACCCGAAUUAGACGGACCCGACCCGAUUUGGAACGCUGUCAGGGACGAAGCCAAGCUCGAGGCGGAGAAGGAGCCGAUUCUGAGUAGCUUCUUGUACGCUAGCAUUUUGGCGCAUGAUUGCUUGGAGCAAGCAUUGGCGUUUGUCGCCGCUAAUCGUCUCCAAAACCCUACUCUCUUGGCCACUCAGCUUAUGGAUAUCUUCUGCAAUGUCAUUUUGCAUGACAAAGCUAUCCAGCGAUCCAUUCGCCUUGAUGUUCAGGCAUUUAAAGAUCGUGACCCUGCUUGUUUGUCGUAUUGCUCCGCGCUUUUGUAUAUGAAGGGUUAUCAUGCUCUGCAAGUACAUCGGGUAGCCCAUGCAUUAUGGCACCAGGGGCGCAAAGUCUUGGCCCUAGCUUUGCAAAGUCGUGUUAGUGAGGUUUUUGGUGUGGACAUUCAUCCAGCUGCGAAAAUUGGGGAGGGGAUUUUAUUAGAUCAUGGGACAGGUGUGGUUAUUGGUGAAACUGCUAUUGUUGGAAACAGAGUUUCACUGAUGCAUGGUGUAACAUUAGGAGGCACGGGGAAGGAAAUAGGUGAUCGCCAUCCCAAAGUAGGUGAAGGGGCACUAAUUGGAGCUAGUGCAACUAUACUUGGAAAUAUAAAGAUUGGUGAAGGUGCCAUGAUUGCUGCGGGUUCCCUGGUGUUAAAAGAUGUCCCUCCUCACUGCAUUGCGGCAGGAAUACCAGCUAAAGUCAUUAGUGGUCUACAGGAGCAUGACCCAUCUUUAACCAUGAAGCAUGUGUACAUGCUAUCCUUAUAUCUCGAAUUUUGUUCUUGGGAUUCUGCAGAUGCUACUAAAGAUUUUUUCACACAUGUAGCUACUAACUUCAGAGAUGAAAAGCCCAAUGGAGCGCAGCAUCCAGAUAGAAAUGAAGUGAACAUUUGAGAGGUUCGGCAGCGUAGUCUCAUUUGGCAUGCAUUGUCUUCAAAGGAGGCAUGAUGUUAUAAUUAAUAUUAGAAUCAGGAUCAGUUCCAAACGAUAACGUGGAUUUCGUAUAUCAAUGGUAUUUUAUGGUUUACAUAAUAACAAUUUAUGCUGCUGAGUGCCUGCGGUUUUUGCACCAGUAUAGCAAAUUUCUGUAGACAAACUUAGAAGCAGAUGCUACUUUAUCUAAGCUUCUGCUUUUCAACUUCCCUUUUUGUCCUAGUAAAACAAUGUGGGAGGAGGGAGGAUAUUCGAUCUAGUAUUUAGCUCUUCAAAUAUAUAGUUAAUUUUUCCUUCU